AUGUCUGGUCUUAUUUUACCUCAAUUAUUCGUUUAUCCUCUUACCGGUUCACAAGUUGUCCCGGUGAAAAAAAAUGCAUCGGUCCCUUAUAUUCCUCCUGAAAUUAUUCGCAUUAUUCUGAAUUUAUUAAAGGAUGAUAAAAAGACUCUCGCUGCCUGUGCUUUAGUUAAUCAUACUUUUAACCUUCAUGCUACUCCGAUCUUUUUCUCAACUCGCGGCUUACAAAAAAGUUCUUUUGAAACCCAAAAGGUCGUUACUCCAGAACUUUUAAUUCAUAUUUUAAGAUCUUUUCCCGAAUUAAAAGCCUUUUCUAUAUCAGAGUCUUUGGAAUCUAUAAUUACCCUUGAUGUUUUGAAAGUUUUAUUUUUAGAAUGUAAAAACAUAAAAACUAUUGAUUUUUGUGGAUGUGCUAGUAAACAAUUUAGUAACGCUUUAGAUGAAUUUUCCAGACUAAUUGGUCGUGUUAAAAUAGAAUCACAUUGCAAUGAUUAUGAUGAGACAUCGAUUUCUUUUCGUAUGACAUCCAAACCAUUAUUAUCUCAUUUACAAAGACUUUCAUUGCAUGAGUGUCCAAUAAUUUCUGAAUACUCAAUUAUUAUAUCUCUUCUUGCUCAUGCUCCAAAUCUUACGCAUCUUGAUUUGGGCGGUUGUUCUAUAAGCGAUUUAACAUUAAACUUUUUAGCUGAAACAAAUAUUCCAACAAAUUUAUCGCAUUUAUUAUUAGCUAAAUGCAAAAAUAUUUCUUCUGAGGCUAUUUCAUCUCUUGUUUCAAAAUGUUCUCGACUGGAAACACUUAACCUUUAUAGUGGUAGAGAUAUCACUACAGCUAUUAAAGAAUAUGAUUUAAUUACUAUACUUCGUUCACCAAAUGCAAAAACUUUUCGAACGUUAGAUAUUGGAUCUUCGCAGAUAACGCCAUUAAUUUUAACAACCAUCAAAGAGAAUUGUUCAUCUUUACAAAAUCUUGGUAUUUCAAAAGCACAAAUUAACAACAUAAAUCUUAUUAAAGAUCUUAUAAUGGCCUUACCAAAUCUACAAUACAUUGACCUCACCUCAGUCCCAUGUUUUAAUUAUUUGAACACAAACAUUCUAUUGGCGGAUAUAAAAAAGAGUAAUCAUUCAAUUCAUACAAUCGAAAUGAGCGAAUCAUUACUUAAAAAGCUUUACGCAGUUGAUGGAUGGAAGAUUAACGUAAAUUAUGGUAGAAGAUGGUAUUAUUCUAGUGAAAAUCAGAGAGAAGCAAUCAGACCUGAUAGAGUACAUGGUAGAAAAUUGGAUAUAACUGAAUAUG